GAGAUUGGAUUUCUACUUAGAUGGCGAAUGGGCUGGUUUUCAUAGUAUCCAACCGAUGGAACAAGUCAUAUUCAACGCUGGACCGUUAUAUAUAGGAAAUGAUUUAUACACCGGGAUUACUGGCCAGAUUAGUAAUUUUCAAUAAAACCAUUUCGAUUCCUGUAUCGUCUGUACCACCUGUAACACCUGUAUCAUCUGUUCCCCCUACAUCAUCGAUUACAUCAUCCGAUCAAUCAAAUACUAAGGAUACUAAAUCUAAUCCUGUUGCUAUCAUAGUUGGUGUAGGCAUAGGUGCUUCCCUUGGUAGUAUUCUUAUAUUUGUUACAGGAUUUUAUUUAAUUAGAUCAUAUAAGAAAAGACAGAAACAGAAUAGAGCUUAUGAUAGAACUUCUGAUCACCAAGUUAUAUCUAGUGGAAAAUAAUAAUUUUUUAGGAGGAGACUUUUGACAUUAACGCAUGGAUCGUUAAAGAGGCAUUCAUUUUCUACCUCUUAGAAAUAUAUUUUUAAUCCUUCCCUUCGGUGUAUAAAAUAAUAUUUUAAGUUUCAAUGUAAUCUCAAUUCCAUAAAUACAUUGUCGUAAAAUUGAUAUCUUAAAAGUGUAUAUGCACUUAAAAUUUAGGUAAACUAAAGAAUUCUUGUUAAAUAAAUUAAAAUAAACAUCAAAAUUUGUAAAUUAUUAUAGAGAAACCAAAACAGUUAAUAUAAAGAAGAUUU